CUAUACGACAAAAGCUUACCUGCUUCCUCCUCUCUGAGUUAGUGAAUACUGAAAAAGCUUUCACAAUCCCUUUUGCGUCCUUCGCAAAACGGCUUCGUUUUCAUGUCGCUCUCUCCUUCUUCCUCGCCGGCUCCGGCAACUUCCCCGCCUGCCAUGUCAUCCCCUCCGGCGGAUUCCGUACCUGACACGUCACCACCUCCAGCUCCUCCUUUGUCUCCUCUUCCCCCACCAUUGAGCUCUCCUCCGCCGAUGUCUCCACCACCGCCUCUCUCGGCUCCCACCGCUUCCCCACCGCCUCCUCCGGUGGAAUCUCCACCGUCUCUUCCUAUAGAAUCUCCACCGCCUCCAUUAGUGGAAUCACCACCUCUUCCUCCGUUGGAAUCUCCAUCUCCACCGUCUCCUCAGGUCUCAGCUCCUUCCGGUUCACCGCCAUUGCCCUUCCUUCCCGCCAAACCUUCUCCGCCGCCUUCUUCACUUCCCUCCGAGACAGCUCCGCCGGGAAAUACGAUUUCUCCGCCACCUCCUUCACUUCCCUCUGAAUCAAUCCCGCCGGUGAACACAGCUCCUCCUCCACCGCCGUCUCCUCCUCGCCGCCGUAGUGGCCCUAAGCCUUCGCUUCCUCCUCCCAUCAAUUCUUCUCCACCAAAUCCUUCUCCGAACACUCCGUCACUCCCAGAAAAUUCUCCUCCACCUAAACCACCGGUCUCAACGACGCCAUUUCCCUCUUCAUCCACUCCGCCGCCGAAGAAGUCGCCGGCAGCAGCAACUCUUCCUUUCUUUGGGCCAGUGGGCCCAUUACCGGAUGGGACCGUAGCACCACCUAUUGGACCUGUUAUAGAGCCCAAGACGAGUCCCGGCGAAUCAAUAAUAUCUACGGGAACGCCACAGCCACUGGUACCGAAGAGUCUACCUGAGACGACGUCGUAUCACCGAUCUUCCGCCGGGUUCUUAUUUGGCGGUGUAAUCGUUGGAGCACUUCUACUAGUUCUGUUAGGUCUUCUCUUUGUCUUUUACAGAGCUACCAGAAAUAGAAAUAACAACAGCUCUGCUCAUCAUCAAUCCAAAACUCCCUCAAAAGUUCAACAUCACCAGGGCGGUAGUGCCGGUCCAAACCAGGCUCAUGUUAUCACAAUGCCACCUCCAAUCCAUGCUGCACCACCUAAAUAUUUAUCUAGUGGAAGCAAUGGUACUAAGGAGAACAAUUCUGUUGCAAAAAACAUUACAAUGCCAUCUGGAAUGUUCACCUACGAAGAACUUUCGGAAGCAACGUGUGGAUUUUCAGAGGCGAACCUUUUGGGGGAAGGCGGUUUCGGUUAUGUUCACAAAGGAGUGCUUAAAAACGGGACAGAAGUUGCGGUGAAGCAGCUGAAGAUUGGGAGCUAUCAAGGGGAAAGAGAAUUCCAAGCUGAGUUUGUUCCUAAAGAUACCUUGGAGUUCCACUUGCAUGGAAACAGAGGAAGUGUGUUAGAGUGGGAAAUGAGGCUCAGGAUUGCUGUAGGAGCAGCAAAAGGAUUAGCGUAUCUUCAUGAGGAUUGCAAUCCAACUAUAAUUCACCGUGAUAUCAAAGCAGCUAAUAUCCUUCUAGAUUCCAAAUUUGAAGCAAAGGUCUCUGACUUUGGACUAGCCAAGUUUUUUUCAGACACCAAUUCAUCAUUCACUCAUAUCUCUACUCGAGUGGUAGGAACUUUCGGAUACAUGGCUCCAGAAUACGCGUCCAGUGGUAAAGUAACUGACAAAUCAGAUGUAUAUUCAUUUGGGGUUGUGCUUCUAGAACUCAUCACUGGACGUCCAUCAGUUUUCCCCAAAGAUCCUACCACAAACCAGAGUUUAGUUGACUGGGCGAGGCCAUUGCUGGCUAAAGCAAUUUCUGGAGAGAGCUUUGACCUUCUUGUAGACCCGAGGUUGGUUAAGAAUUACGAUACAACCCAGAUGGCAAACAUGGCUGCUUGUGCUGCUGCUUGCAUACGCCAAUCAGCUUGGCUUCGGCCCCGGAUGAGCCAGGUAGUACGUGCUCUUGAAGGCGAGGUGGCCCUAAGAAAGGUCGAAGAGACGGGGAAUAGCGUGACCUAUAGCUCUUCUGAAAACCCGAAUGACAUCACACCACGGUAUGGAACAAAUAAGAGGAGAUUCGACACAAGUUCAAGCGAUGGUUACACUUCAGAAUAUGGAGUUAACCCUUCUCAGUCGAGCAGUGAACAUCAACUGAUGAAUACUUAGUUCACAGGUUCAAUAGGGUAAGUUUCACCACAAUUGUUGGGUUUUAGGAUGCAGUCACCUUUUGGGUUAACAAAAAAUGUUGUAAGAAAGUAGACUACUUCAUUCAUUUGUAGUUAAAGGUUCCGAGGAACACUGCUUGUGUUAAUUUGGGGAUUUGUUUAUGUAUAAAUUGGUUGUAAACUU